CUCACACGCCUCAGCCCAUGUCCAAAGAAGAACUGUCCAGCUUUGUGUCUGUCCCACUCUUUAAUGGCGAAACCCAGCAGCUCACCAUCACCUUAGAGAAUAUCGGCUCUGAAGAAAUUGAGACUCUGGAGCUGACUUCGAAGAUUGCCAACACCAAAGAAAAAGUGUUUGGUAACUUUCUGAGCUGGGACCUAGAGGAAACGCUUGGCCACCUGCCUCUGAAGCCAGGCCACACCGUGACUCUGACCAUCAGCAUCAGAGUCAAGCUGGACUUUUCUGGUCAGGAGAACCUGCUGCAAGACCUCAAUGAUGAUGGGAUCAGUGUGACGGGUCUGCAUGUCUGCAGUCCAUUCCGGCAAGUCCUUAAGCCCAGGUCUGAGACCAAGUCUGUCAGCAGUGAGUCUGGGAAGGCUGAAUACAGCCACAUUAAGACUUUGGAGGCAGUGCUGAACUUCAAGUACUCUGGGGGAACGGGCAAAGUGGAGGGCUACUACAGAGAGCUGACCCUGGGGGUCCAUGUGGAUGUGGAGCCUUCAGUGUUUUUUACCAGAGUCAGCACUCUCCCUGCUACCAGCACCCGGCAGUGUCAUCUCCUCCUCGACAUUUUCAACCCAACAGAACACGAGCUCACAGUCAGCGCUAGGAACAGCCAGGACCUGGUUCUUCAUGCCAGCGAGUGCCAAAGAAUGGCCAUCCAGGUGGACAAGUUGGAUUUCGAGAGUGUUCCACAGCUAGACCAGGAGGCAGCUCACUUCACUAACCCCAAACAGCUGGAGGAGGAGCUACAGCAGGCCCAAAGCUGCCAGAUUAAUAGCAAGUUGGAUAUCUGUUGGAGCAUUAUAUCCUUUCACAGACAGACUGGUCCACAUUCCAACCGUAAAGCUCUGGAUCACCUAACAAAAGACUGUAGCUGGCAAAGUUGGGUACUUCUGCACCUCACCGCCGAGUCUCGUAUCAAGUGUCGUAUCGAGUCUCGUAUCAAGUGUCGUAUUGAGUCUCGUAUUGAGCAUCGUAUCGAGUCUCGUAUCGAACGUCGUAUCGAGUCUCGUAUCGAGCGUCGUAUCGAGUCUUGUAUCGAGCGUCGUAUCCAGUGUCGUAUCCAGUGUCGUAUCGAGUCUCGUAUCAAGUGUCGUAUCGAGUCUCGUAUCAAGUGUCGUAUUGAGUCUCGUAUCAAGUGUCGUAUCGAGUCUCGUAUCAAGUGUCGUAUCGAGUCUCGUAUCGAGUCUCGUAUCAAGUGUCGUAUCGAGUCUCGUAUCAAGUGUCGUAUCGAGUCUCGUAUCGAGUCUCGUAUCAAGUGUUGUAUCGAGUCUCGUAUCAAGUGUCGUAUCGAGUCUCGUAUCAAGUGUCGUAUUGAGUCUCGUAUCAAGUGUCAUGUGUUGGUAGAUGGGAAACCAUGUGACAGUGAUGUCCUAGCUGACUGUAAAGUGGGUGACGCUGUGACACUGGAGAUCAAACUGACCAACCUGAGCAAGAAUGCAGUGGGCCCACUGGCUCUCACGGUGAUGCCAUAUCAGGACUACCAGAACGGAGUCCAGAACUACGACCUGGAGGAAGCAGUCACCUUCGUUGGCUCUAACACCUUCUUCAUCGAAAUGGUUCAACCCAAAGAAAAUUCUGUCUGCAAGGGAGCCCUUAUUCUUCUCUACACGGGCGAUUACUUCCUGAAUAUCAAGUUCCAAGAUGACAGUACCCAACGAGAGCUUCCUUUAGCCUGGUUUACUCUGCCCAGUGUGCACAUUAGAGCCCUGGAUACCCCGCUGCAGGCUGGGGCCUAACGACGACAGGAUUCAUCAACGUUCUUUAAAAGAACUGAGUUAUAUGUAAAUAUGACUGAAGGGACCUGCUUCUGUGCAGCUGCAGUGCUUUUUGCCUGAACAUCGUUGGAUAAAAUCAGAGUUAUGAAUUCACAUUUGACAGAAAACCAUUUCCCAGUCAUUCGUCUGCCAUUUUGAAUGUGACAACGUAAGCUAUCUAAUUGUUAGUGACCUGAACUGGACUGACAUGUUUCUUAAAGUUAACACAAUGCCUUGCAGAAGUAGUCAUCCUUCUCAUUGUUCUUUCUAUCUUUUUUACCUUACAACAUGGAAUUUAUUUGCAUUUUUAAUUUGUUUAAAAACAUCAAUUUACCAAAAAUAUUUGAGACUUGUCUAAUUAAAGGAGGAAGCCAAUAAGGCAGAACUAUUACCAAGAGGGGUGAAUACUUUUGCAGCGCUCUGUAUUUAUCCAGCAGCUGGUUAGUUACCUGCUGGCAAUAAAAGCAGCUUCUGUAGAAAAUGAUCACUUCCAGUUUAACUGCAUCCAAAUUACAUGCUUUUUUUCUGCUCUACUUUCUAAUGUAACCAGUUACAAUUAUUUGUAUGUUUCACUUUGUUUUCAUUCUUCAAAACUCUAAGACAUCUAAAUAUUCAGUAACUUUUUGUUUUGAGCUCAUCUCAGUCCCAGCUCACUGAAAUGUUGAUUCAUUUCAUCGUCUUUAUCUGAUCUGCAUCUGAUGUUGAUGAUUUCUGUGAAUAAAUGCUAAAACUUCA